UAACUGGUGGGUCCAAGGUCACAUCAUUCUGGAAAUGUUUUUAUUAGCUUUGUGAGCUACAAAUAAGCCAAUAUUGAGCUAUUUAUAUUAGUUUAUUCUACUCCAUUGCCUUUUAAUUCCUAUAUCUCUUUUCAACAAAUAGUUGAAAACAUUCCUAUGAGAUUGUUACAGUCUGAUAUUGUUCGAUAGCAGACAAGAAGAUAGAUAAUGGCUCAGCUUUUAUCAACCUGCUUCUUUAUUUUGAUAUCAAUGCAACUGGCUGAUUCGUCCGGUGUGUUUGAGUUGAAAGUGCAUUCUUUCACAAACACUGGCAGUGUGUGUGAACAGUCCAGAGACUGUCAGAUUUUUUUCCGUGUUUGCCUGAACUACUCCCUGGAUGUCACAUUUAUUACACUGCUGUGUAAUAAUGGCACAGUACAGAUAGGAACAUUUGACGCAGACCAGAGCUUCAUCUCCAGCAGUGCGCCAAUAACGGUACCUUUUAAAUUCAAGUGGCCAGGAAAUAUCUCAUUGAUAAUUGAAGCAUGGAAUGAAGAGUCUUCCUCUGACCAGUCAACAGAGAAUUGGUACAGGAUGAUUAACCGCUUCACCACCAAUAAAAGACUGGCUGUGUCCAAGGGAUGGUCCCACGAUGUGCACCGCGGGGAGAAAAGUGAACUGCGCUAUUCAUACCGUGUAGUGUGUGAUGAGUUCUAUCAUGGCGAUAACUGCUCUGAUUUCUGCCGCCCACGUAAUGAUCCCUUUGCUCACUUCAACUGUGAUGCCACUGGCAAUAGAAUUUGCUUGGCUGAAUGGAAAGGCGAAUAUUGCGCAGAGCCUAUCUGCUCGUCUGGCUGUAACGAGGAUCACGGCUAUUGUGAGGCCCCUGGUGAGUGCAAGUGCCGCUUGGGCUGGCAGGGGCCCCUCUGUGAUGAGUGUGUCAAACACCCGGGGUGCUUACAUGGCACCUGCAGUCAACCUUGGCAGUGCAGUUGCAAGGAGGGAUGGGGUGGCCUGUUCUGCGAUCGGAAUCUGAAUGCCUGAAUUCUUGGUUAAGCAUUGUCCCUGUAAUGGGCUUAUACAAGGAAGCACAUUUUUGAAGUACAAAUGAUUUCUUUCUCUUUGGACUAUGGUUUAAUUUGAGUAUUUAUGGAAAGUAAAAAAUUGUCAGAAGAAAUGUCUUAAUGGUGGUGGUUACAUUUUAGUUCAUUAGGCCAUGGAAAUAUGGUAACAGACUGCAAGCAGUACUACUAAUUAAACACAACAAUGUUUAAAAUGGAUUCAUUUUGAAUCCAAUCAGUUCCUUAAAAGUUAGUCAUAUAAAAUGAGUAACUGCAAAUGGAACAUCUGGAAAAAUAAAGAAAUGUUAAGCAAUGUGUUAAACUAAUAUUGUGUUAAUUGAUAACACCCAACAUGUUUAUGAAUAGUAAUAUAUAAAUUAAUUUAAUAUAUAACACAAACAAGUUACAAUUAUUGGUAAGAUUAUUAAUGAGUGAGAGUAAUUAUCUCAUGUAUUAACACAGACUUCAAAGUUGAAGAACUUUUGUCAA